ACUGUCAAAAGGGAAGAAACGAGAGAGAUAGAGAGUAAGCCUGUGAAUAAAAUAUAAUUUUCUCCCUCGCAUAUCUAGGCAACUUGUGCGGAUUUCUGCCUUUCUUGCGAAAAAAGAACCAAGUUCUGGCGAAACGGGCGGUCGAUAUCUUUCGGUCAAGUAAUGUUCUUUAUCGGAAUGAGCCAGGCUUAAGUGUAAAUGGUGACCAUUUGUUCGACAUUUGUUUCCAUUUGACUGUCUGCGUUAAGGGUGUUUCCAAGCUGGAAGGGAAUGUGUGGAAGCAGAUAAAUACAACGCAAGGGAAAAUGUGAAAAGUUACUAGUUUGCUGAAACCCGUUUGUGAAGUGCUCGUGCCAUUCCGCUGUGCUGUGCCGUAGUGCGUCGAUUACAGAAAUCUCGACCGACAGAAUAAAAGAACAACUCGUAGGAAUGGAAGCGAAAAAUGGCAAAUCUGGUCCUACAACCACAAUCCCUGUCGCAUCGUCGGGUGGUGGGGGGUGCAGUGUUACCGCGACGGCCAAGAAUGGGGUGAAGGAAAACCCGAACGGUCCCCGGGUGGUGACCAUCUACAAGACGGAAACCGGUUUCGGGUUUAACGUCCGCGGACAAGUCAGCGAGGGUGGGCAGCUGCGAUCAAUCAACGGCGAGCUGUAUGCACCACUGCAACACGUCAGUGCUGUUUUGGAUAACGGGGCCGCGGAACAGGCUGGCAUUAAAAAGGGCGAUCGAAUCCUGGAAGUCAAUCAUGUGAACGUGGAAGGUGCUACUCAUAAGCAGGUGGUGGAUCUCAUCAAAUCCGGUGGCGAUACUCUAACGUUGACCGUCAUAUCAGUCACACAGCAGGAGGCGGAACGUCUUGAACCGACGGAAGACCCCGGCGGAUAUUCAUACAUCGACUAUUCGGAAAAACGUAGCCUGCCUAUUAGUAUUCCGGAUUACAACAUCAUUCAUCGUGGGAACGAGCGAUACGUUGUUUUCAAUAUCCAUAUGGCUGGUCGGCAGUUGUGCUCACGACGGUAUCGCGAAUUCUCAAACUUACAUCAACAGCUAAAGAAGGAAUUUUCCGGCUUCAGCUUUCCCAAAAUGCCCGGCAAGUGGCCGUUCCAGCUAAACGAGCAACAACUGGACGCCCGCCGACGUGGGCUGGAGCAGUAUUUGGAAAAAGUCUGCGCCGUACGAGUGAUUGCGGAAAGUGACGCAGUCCAAGAAUUUCUCACCGACACUGUAGAUGAUCUGGCAGCGUCACCAGUCGAUAUUAAAAUAAUGCUACCCGAUCAUGCCGUUGUAACGGUGUCGGUGCGAAAGUCGGCGAAUGCACAGCUCGUGUGGGAGCAGCUGGUGCAGCGAGCCAAUCUGACCUCUUACACUCAGCAAUAUUUUUACCUUUUCGAAAUUGUCGAGUACAAUUUUGAGCGUAAGUUACAACCCCACGAAAUUCCUCAUCAGUUGUACGUGCAAAACUACAGUACGGCUUCCAGCACGUGUCUUUGCGUAAGGCGAUGGCUGUUUUCUAUAGAGCGAGAAAUGUCGCUUCCUGCCGGCGAGCAGGCAGCGAAGUUCAUUUUCUAUCAGGCCGUCGAUGAGGUGAAUCGCAGCAAUAUUCGUGCAGAUGGACGUUUGUAUGAGCUGAAAGCGCUACAAGACUCGAAAAAGGCGGACGAAUAUCUUGCACUAGCACGCACUUUGCCCGGCUACGGUGAUAUCGUCUUUCCACAUUGUGCAUGUGACAGUCGUAAGGAGGGCCAUGUGGUACCGGCAGUAGGCAUGAAAAGCUUCCGGUUGCAUGCAUGUAGGGAAGAUGGUGCACUCGAGGCACAAACCGUAGAGUUGCAGUGGGCUACAAUCUCACGUUGGGAAAGUGACGAGGAAUCGAUGGCGUUUUGUUUCCAGUACAGCCGCUCGGACAAACCUCCGCGAUGGGUUAAAGUUUUUACACCAUACCACGCAUUCUUGGCCGACUGCUUCGAUAGGAUAAUGGAGGAACGAGCAUGGGACGAUACAGGAGAGUAAACAAACGCACGCUCGAUAGUCGGAUAUGAUAAUGCAUUUCAGUUAGCCAGAAUGAGGAUAGUCUUAUUAGCUGUGAAAGAUUUGUCUUGGAUGAAUGUACGCCAAGGCACGAAGAUGAUGUUACAACGGAUGUUUACAUGCAUCGACAACACAAAUUGUUGCUAAUUAUUUAGUCAUGAAAACGAUGGCGAACCUAUAUUUCUGGACGAUACUGCGCCUAUCGCGAUCGUUAUGCUGGAUCAAGAUGGUACGAAAUUAUUACGAUCGCUAUUGUUGUAGUAUUACGAAACAGAAGAAAGGAGCAAAUAUUACUACUAUACCUUCUGGAGCAUUCCGCCAUGUUUAGCUAUGAUCUGAUGGAUCCACUUAUGACUAAUCUCUAGUAGUUUUGCACAGCUAGUAAUAUAUUGCGACGCAUGUUGGAUGAAACAUUUUUCACUGAAUAGUGCAGCGAAUCGUCUCUCUCUCACACUCUUUCCUAUUUUCAAACCCUCUCUCUUUCUUUUUGUAUUUCUUUAAGAUGUCUAUUAUUUACGUAGUACAGCUGACGCCAUCGUAUGAUAAGAUGUUUUGUUAUGGCAAUUCUUUUGGAGUGAUAAUCUCGAAGUACUACAAAAACACACCACACACAUAUUUAUCCCACGUCAUAAAUAAGCAUAAUACAUGUAGAGUAGAGAUCUGAAAUUUUUUCCAUUUAAUUUUCCGCGUUGCAUACCAUUCGCUGUUGAAAAAUGUCUCGCUUAGGUAGCUGGUACUUCCAUUUUAUUUCUCUCGAACCAUGUAUUAGUUCCUUACCAACCGAUUUUUUAAUCAUGCAGCAUUCUGUAACGCCUUGCAAGUGAUCCAUGUUUGCGUUUGAGUUAGCUAAGAAAGGGAUGCGUCGUGUACUAGCAGCAGUACGAAACAUAAUCGGUAACGCCCAAAAACCAAAACAUUUUUAACAAUUUGGACAGUAUGUAGCUUGCUAAAAAUAUUCACAUAUGUUUUCGUAAAUACAGUCAUUUGAUUAGUGGUAUGGUCUGUCAGAAAACAUUCCAAUUUAUGUUUGUUGAUUGUUGAAACUGUUGCUUCAUUCCACUACGCCAUGAUGCCUUUACAGCAUUACUAUGACGCUAGUCUGCAUGUUCAAAAAGGGUAUUAGUUACAAAAGUGUUAUGAUUGUUUAGGAAAAAAAUCAAUAGUUAGAAGAAAAGAGAUUUGGAGAUGCAACAAAAGAAAAGAUGAUGCAAAAAAAAUCAACAAAUCGGAAAAAUGUCCAAUGAUCUCUCUACAAAAUUAUCACUUGUAUCUAUGUCGUGUAAAGCUCACAAUUGUUAGCACGUGAAAGUAUAGCAAGUAAAAACCUUGUAGUAUUUCGAUUUUAGUAUUACCAACAAUCAAGGAGCGAUAAAGUUAAAGCCACCACAAUGGAAAUUAAUGUUUGAAGUAGACAUACCAUGUACAUAGAAAUUAAAGAAACUCGGAAGGAAAUCUUACUUUUGUGGAAGAAAGAUACGAGUAGAAAACGUCCUAGAUUAUAUGCUGACCAUCAUGUUUAAGGCAAAUUUUUGCACAGUAAAUGAUGUAUGCUUGCGCACCGAUACACACGUAACGAAUGAAAGGACAUAGAUUUCAAUUAGAACCGAUCAAAUGAUAUGCUGAACAACAUCAUUAAGAUAGUAUUCUGUGUGUUAGUCUAUUUCUUGUGAGACAACGAUAAACAGAAUUCAUGAGAUUUGGCAAUGUGGAGCACAGGAACGAAAAAACAAUGCAACAUAAUCACAUUGACUACUACAUGACGCAGCGCUAGUUGACACCGAAAUUACUGCUCAGACCAAGUACCGUAUCGAUGACUACUAUGGUACCGAAACCGCGCAGCUGGAAUCGGCUUCAUGCUUGACAAUGGUCGUGCGGUACUGCGCUUUCGCAUCGAUCGGUGCUCUAGUCUCAAAAUGCUUUGCGUUUAAAA